UGCUAUAAUGCAGUGCAGGGCUGUGUGCUGGGUGGAAGGCGUUUUUUGCUGCCGUGGAAGAAAAAAUUGCUAAAUUAAGAGCGGACUUUCUCGCCGAUUUUGUUUCCUCCUUCGAGAGAUAAAAGGGAUCUUAGUCCUGUCGUGCCAUUGAAGAAUCGUCCGCAAAAGCCAUCGCUCUACGAAGAGACGGCAAACUAUAACUGCAGAGGUGCUAUUUUUUUCUCCUGUUUAGUAAUACUGGUGCAGUAUGAAGUGCAGUUAUGGCAAGAAGGGGUAAGACAACUGUGAGGACACUGGAAGAUUUGACCCUGGAUUCCGGUUAUGGUGGAGCUGCUGAUUCCAUCAGAUCGUCCAACUUGUCCCUGUGUUCUGAUUCUCAUCAGGUAACUUAUCCCCAUGGAGGAAACUGUUGGUAUCUAACUGACUCCAUGCACAGUAGACAUAACAGCUUUGACACGGUCAACACUGUCCUGGCUGAAGACUCGGAGGUCCUGGACUGCUCGGGACAGUGCUCCAGGCUGCCUGACCUUGAGGAAGUCCCCUGGAGCAUCGAAGAGGUGGAAGCUCUUUUGAAGAAAGAGCAAAUGGUGGUUGGACCCAGCAGAGAUGUCCUCUCUAAGCUGUCUACCCUGAUCAGCAGGGCUUUGGUUAGAAUUGCCAAAGAAGCUCAGAGACUGAGCCUCCGCUUUGCCAAAUGCACCAAGUACGAGAUCCAAAGUGCCAUGGAGAUAGUGUUGGCCUGGUCCCUGGCGUCCAGUUGUACUACUUCGGCUCUAAGUGCCCUCUCUCUGUACAACAUGAGUACCGGCGACCGGCUCAGCCGCGGCAAAUCUGUCCGCUGCGGCCUCGUCUUUUCAGUUGGAAAGUUCUACAGAUGGAUGGUGGACAGCAGGGUUGCUCUGAGGAUCCACGAACACUCAGCCAUCUAUCUGACAGCCUGCAUGGAGACCCUCUUCAAGGAGAUAUAUAAGAGGGUCCUUGCGAUGCCUCGGCCCGAGAAGGAAAACGAGGCCCCAAACUUUACCGCAGAGUCUUUCGAACAAGCGAUCAACAACGAUUCCGAGCUCUGGGGCUUAUUGCAACCCUACCAACAUCUGAUAUGCGGUAAAAACGCAAGUGGAGUCCUCUGCCUUCCAGACAAUUUGAAUCUCCAUAGAGAGCAGCAAAGGUCCAAUAAACCAGGGGAUGUACAGAUGGUUAGCCAAUCAGAACUGAGGACUAUAGAGCAGUCUUUGCUUGCCACACGUGUGGGAAGUAUUGCAGAGCUCAGUGAUCUGGUAUCCCGGGCAAUGCAUCACCUACAGCCUCUCAAUCUGAAGCAGCAUGGGAAUGGAACGCCAAUGCAUAGCAAGCAGGGUCCUCUUUACUGGGAGCCAGAGGCCCUAUACACACUCUGUUACUUCAUGCACUGCCCCCAGAUGGAGUGGGAAAAUCCAAACGUGGAACCUUCCAAAGUCACCUUACAGACAGAAAGGCCAUUUUUAAUGCUCCCACCUUUAAUGGAGUGGAUACGGGUUGCUGUUGCUCACGCUGGGUAUCGACGAAGCUUCUCUGUAGAUAGCGAUGAUGUUCGCCAAGCAGCUCGGCUCUUACUUCCCGGAGUGGAUUGCGAACCUCGCCAACUAAAGGCUGACGAUUGUUUCUGUGCAUCUCGAAAACUCGAUGCGGUGGCCACAGAAGCAAAGUUUAAGCAAGACCUUGGCUUUAGGAUGCUCAACUGUGGUAGGACCGAUUUAGUGAAACAAGCUGUGACAUUACUCGGCCCUGAUGGGAUUAACAGCAUGAGCGAACAGGGCAUGACCCCACUGAUGUACGCCUGUGUCCGGGGAGAUGAAGCCAUGGUCCAGAUGCUACUAGAUGCGGGAGCAGAGCUGAAUGUUGAGGUCCCAACAACGGCGCAUAAGUUUCCAUCCGUCCAUCCAGAAACUCGUCACUGGACUGCGUUGACCUUUGCUGUUCUCCAGGGACAUAUCCCGGUUGUGCAGUUACUUUUGGACGCAGGCGCAAAUGUAGAAGGGUCUUUGGAAGCUGGAGAGGAAAACUAUUCAGAAACUCCGUUACAGCUGGCUGCAGCCGCAGGAAACUUUGAGUUGGUGAGUUUGCUGCUGGAACGAGGAGGAGAUCCCAUGAUAGGUACAAUGUACAGAAAUGGAAUUUCUACCGCUCCUCAAGGAGAUAUGAACUCCUUCAGCCAGGCAGCUGCACAUGGGCACAGGAAUGUUUUUCGCAAGCUGCUUUCCCAACCCGACAAAGAGAAAAGUGAUAUAUUGUCGUUGGAAGAGAUUCUGGCGGAAGGCAGUGACCUGGCUGACACAGCCCCAACCCCACUGUGCCCAAGUCGAAACAGCAAAGCCAAACUGAAAGCGCUGAAAGAGGCCAUGUACCAUAGUGCAGAACACGGAUACGUAGACGUGACCAUUGACAUUAGAAGCCUAGGUGUUCCAUGGACUCUUCAUACAUGGCUGGAAUCUCUGCGCAUUUCAUUUCAUCAGCACAGACGGCCUCUCAUCCAGUGUUUGCUCAAAGAGUUUAAAUCUAUUCAAGAGGAAGAAUAUACAGAAGAGCUAAUUACACAAGGGCUGCCUCUUAUGUUUGAGAUCCUGAAAGCCAGCAAGAAUGAGGUUAUCAGCCAACAGCUGAGUGUCAUAUUCAGCCAGUGCUAUGGUCCGUAUCCUAUUCCGAAGCUGACGGAAAUCAAACGCAAGCAAACUUCCAGACUGGAUCCUCAUUUUCUUAACAACAAAGAAAUGUCCGAUGUCACGUUCAUUGUUGAAGGCAGACCCUUUUAUGCACACAAAGUACUGUUAUUUACGGCAUCCCCAAGGUUUAAAGCUCUUCUCACCAACAAGUCGUCUGCAGAGAACAGUUGCAUUGAAAUCAACUAUGUGAAAUAUCAUAUCUUCCAGCUGGUUAUGCAGUACCUAUACUGCGGAGGGACAGAGUCGCUUCUCAUUAAAAAUAAUGAAAUCAUGGAGCUGCUGUCCGCCGCCAAAUUCUUCCACCUAGAUGCUUUGCAGCGUCACUGUGAAAUUAUCUGUGCGAAAAGUAUUAAUACGGAGAACUGUGUGGAUAUUUAUAACCAUGCCAAGUUUCUUGGCGUACCAGAAUUGUCAUCUUAUUGCGAAGGAUACUUUUUGAAAAACAUGAUGCUUCUUAUUGAAAAUGAAGCCUUUAAACAAUUAUUGUACGACAAAAACGGGGAAACCACCGGGCAGGAUGUCCUCGGUGACUUACAGAGGACGUUGGCAACCCGGAUACAGUCUAUACACCUGUCUUCUUCGAAAGGGUCUAUAGUAUAGAGAUAUAUGGCGCUGGAUGGACUGUGUAUUGUGUUUACCCCGCAAAGGCUUUAUGCGACGAUAGCAAGCUUUUCACGCCUUUCCUGAAUUUCUGCUGGCUUCUGUCCUCGGAACUGGGAAAAAAAAACAGGAAAAAAAAAACUGUAAUUUCAAAUUUUUAACAAAAAAAAAUCUGUUUACCCAGAAAAUGACGAAAUAAAGGAAAAUGGAUCAACAAGGUCAUUAACGGAUCUACAAGGAAGAGAAGCUACUCGUCAAGAAGUUCUAAAAACGCACCUAGCUGUGUGUCUCGGUGCCCUCUUUAAAACGAUUUUUUUGAUAUGCAUCUCCUUAAUGUGCAUUAACGAAAAACAAAACAAAAAGAAGAAGAAAUACUACCGACUGUUUAUAUUGUGGCCGUUAAACUCCAAUGGAAAUAGCUGUCAAGUUUUUGAGACUUUUUCAAGAUUUCUUAUAAAAAAAAACAAACAAACAAACAAACAAAAAAAAACCUUGUAGGUUAAAAGGAAAUUUCGUAGCCUCUAGAUCUCAGUUUCCCCAAAAAUCGUACUGUUCCGAAGAACCUGUUAUUUUGUUGAACGACACGUUACGUGGCUCCCGUAAGACCGCAGCUAUCUGCUUUAUCAAGGCUGUAUCCCCUCCCCCGCCCUCCGCCCUACUUGGACUAAAUUUUAAAACGCGAUGAUAUUAAAUAAUAUAUUUCGAUCACAUUUUUUUAAAAUCGGCAUGUCAGUAGUUACCUUUUUUGGGGGGGGGGCUAAAAUUCAGCAAACUUGGAUUUGCAUGGGAUCAUCUGCGUGCGUCGUUUUUUUUUUUUUUUUUUGCCAAGAAUUACGCGGAUUCUAUUUAAAAUCCAUUUGUGAAGUAUGAAAAAAAAAAACACAAAAAAACCCCCCCACAAUUCUUUUUCCACUGUGAAUACGUUCAAAUUGUUGAUUGUAGGUGUUCGUUUUUACAUGACAUAGUUCUCAUAAAGCUAAAGUAUUAAUUAUAUUCUUGUAAUAUACGAUAAUUAUUUUUAUUGCAUUGUAGAGAAGAAGAAGAAAAAAAAUCCAGUGUGUCGAUGUAUUCAGAUUCUUUAAGCCAUACGGACCAUCGCUAUCUUUUAACCCCUUAAGGGCAAUGGGCGGUCCCUAAACCCAUUGAAAACAAUGCAUUUUGAGCCCGUACAUGUACGUCCUUUGUCAUUAAGGGGUUAAAUACGCGCGUUAUUUCUUGUUACGUUGGUUAACGAACGCCAUCUCGAUCUUAUAGGUCUUUCCACGUCUGUUAUGUUGGUACGUGUCAUAUUAUUUCUGUACUGCCGGAUAAUAAAGACUUGUAACGUGCCACAUUUUUUUUUUUUCCGAGACACCUUUGCAUGGACAAUUCGGUGUUGAAAUUUGUGAACCUAUGGCAAAUGUUAUUAGAAGAACGUUUUUUUUAAGUUAUUUCCAAGCGAAAAAAUAUGGCCCUUUGUCCCUUUUAUACCAGCAUGCCACGUUUACAUUAAGGCUUCGAUUACUGGUUAAUGUUUAGGGACAUAUACUGGUCAAUGCCGUUGUAAUUUUGAUACAUUGUUUCGAUAUGAAUGUUCGGUGCUCCUUGAUGUCCAUGGCUUUUUGGGCUCAUCAACUCAUACUAGUAUCGGCACCUAACAGAGAGCUGUUCUAUAGCUUUUAUUAACGUGGUCAACAAAAACGUCACAAACUGGCUACUAGAAAUAGUUAAAAAAAAAAAAAAAAAGAUACGGCAUGGCAACCUUCAAAUGAAGUAUAGAUGAUUUGUCAAUAUUUGGUAUCAUAGUAUGUUGUCUGAACUACUAGAUGAAUUACCUUUUUGUAAAUAUUGUACAAUGUUAAAGUCUGAUGUAAUAAGUGACAUGUCGGGCAAGAGAGAUAGAACUUUGAUUGUUAAAAAAAAAGUUAUCUGGUGUAUUUCAUAAAUUUUUAACACAAAAAAAACAAUGUCACACAUGCUAUGUGAUUCAUUCUGUUUAUUGCCUACAUCCCAUGUUGAUAUAACAUGAUAAUGUAAGAAGGGAAAAUGUUCAAAUAGGUGUUUAAAGGGAAUCCAUCGUGAACAUGUCUUAUGUUGUAGCACAAUGGGGUCUGAUCAUCCCUUGGAACUCUCCAGAUUGGCUCAGGGGACUUGAGAAUCACAGGAUUUGGCUCCACGCAACUAUUUGGUCUAAUUCCUGACUCUUUUGCCACCCUUAGGGGCUUAGUCCAAGCCAAGUACAUAGUCCUGCCUCCCCAAACUGGCUCUACCCAUUGCUUUCCAUAUAAAGGUUGAGUACUCACAGGACCACCCGAGAAAGAUCUCCAAUAUGCUGUAGAACACUGUGAUACCCUCAUACCCAGCAAACAUUCUGAACUCCUAAAAAAGGGACAUCAGGAGAAGAUAGAGGGACACAUAGAUUUGGAUUCCAAAGAGGGAUUGGCCUCCAUAAAGAGGUACAUUUGGGAAGUUUUCCCACCUUCUUCUGUUGCUGGAGACCAAGGAUGGAGACUCAAGUCACAUCACACGCCAACGUGCAUUCAAAUGACCCAGUAGGUCAAACUGAAGAAGAAAUGUAGAAAUGUAUCUAAAAUCUAUUUAUUUGCUAUAAUCCUAGAACAUGAUAUGCAUAGGUAGGGUAUUACUAUUCUAUAAAACCACACAAUACUCAAUGUCGAGUAUAAGAGAAUAUUUGUAAGUUGAUCGAUUCCCUUUAAAUACAUUUGAAAAAAAAUCUAUAUAUAAUUUACAGAGUUAGCAACCGUUGUACUAAAUAUAUUUCCAAGUCUUUCUUGUUGGUGUCAACCGGAUAAUAUUGCUUUGAAAUGCUUCACAGGCUCCAACGGGAAGGAAAGAUUAUAUUAGCAUGGGCUAAAUUAAUUAAUCACAUUGUAUUUAAUAAAAAAAAUGACAAAUAUUGA